GUUUCGUACUCGCUAUGGGACAAGCUGCGUUCGACGCAUUAAAAACUCUUUUAAUGUCGCCACCGGUACUUCGCAUCGCUGACCCGGAACGGCCCUUCGAGGUCAUCACCGACGCAAGUGACAUCGCCAUCGGAGCAGUGCUCAUGCAGGAUUUCGGCAACGGGCUUCAACCAAUCGCGUACGAGUCUCGGAAAAUGCAAUCUGCUGAGCGCAACUACCCAGUACACGACAAGGAGAUGCUGGCGAUCGUCCACGCGUUCAAAAUCUGGAGGUGCUACCUGACUGGAGCAGACGUGACGGUGCGAACCGAUCACAAAUCACUACAGUACCUGAGGGCGCAGCCGAAUCUCAACCCGCGGCAGAUACGCUGGCUGGACUAUCUGGAGUCCAAUUUCACGUACAAGAUCACGUACAAAAAAGGCGCCAACAUUAUUGCCGACGCCCUUUCCAGACCAUCUGCCCAACUCGCAGCAGUACUAGUCGCCCAGAGCAAACCGCUACUGAGCGUCUAUUACUUACGAAGCGGAACAGAUCGAAUUUGGGUCCCAAGUUAUCGUCUACUUCGCGAAUUACUAAUUCAAGAAGUCCACGAUUCGAAUUUAUCGGGACAUUUCGGGGUUGAUAAAACUCUGAAGGUAUUGCAGCGGUUUUAUUACUGGCCAGAUAUGGUGACGGACGUGCAGCGUUACAUGGCCGCGUGUCCGAUCUGCCAGCGAAUGAAAUCCUCACACCAGCGACCUACAGGACUGUUGCAGCCCCUCGAGCCACCUCAACGCCCAUGGCAACACGUAACGAUGGAUUUCGUUACGGGACUACCGGCCGGACCCAGCGGAAACGACGCGGUUUUGGUUGUCGUCGAUCGAUUGACGAAAAUGGCGCAUUUCGCACCAUGUCCUACAACCAUCACAGCCGAAGAAACAGCGCGCCUGUUCAUCUCGACCGUUGUUCGUCUACACGGGAUACCAGCAGCAAUCAUUAGCGAUCGAGAUCCGAAGUUCACGUCAAAAUUAUGGCAUGACACAUGGGCUCGGUACGGCACGCAUCUCCAGUUCUCAUCCGCUUAUCAUCCCCAAAUGGACGGCCAGACGGAAAGGACGAAUCAAACGAUGGAGCAGCUGAUUCGGACAAACUGCCCCGACCGAAACAAAUGGGAGGACGUGCUGCCCAUGUUGGAAUUUUCCUACAACAACGCGCCCUCGGCUACGACUAAUCACUCCCCGUUUUAUCUCAAUUACGGGAUGGACCCUACAGCAACAGUUUCCACCAACGUUGAAAGGUAAGACUAGCUCUGGUGUUCCUAUA